AUAUCGCCACUGGGCCACCGUAGGUCUGAGCGGCGCUCAUGCUGGAUGUUCAAAUUAUUCGCGUGCACUCAGUCAAACUGUAUACUACCUAAAUUUAUAAACGCGAGGGAAUUAUCACCAUGUCUGUUCAAGUAACAAAUCCUAACAACCCCAUAGUUUUCUUCGACAUCACCAUCGGAGGGCAGGAUGUCGGACGGAUGAAGAUCGAGCUGUUUGCCAAUGUGGUUCCAAAGACGGCGGAGAAUUUCCGGCAGUUCUGCACUGGAGAGUUCAGGAAGGACGGAGUCCCCAUUGGUUUCAAAGGCUGCACGUUCCACAGGGUGAUCAAAGACUUUAUGAUACAAGGAGGGGACUUUGUAAAUGGCGAUGGAACUGGUAUCUGCAGCAUCUACAGAGGUCCAUUUGCAGAUGAAAACUUCAAGACCAGUCAUUAUAUGCCAGGUCUUCUGUCCAUGGCAAACAGUGGUCCGGGCACAAAUGGUUGUCAGUUUUUCAUUACCUGCGCAAAAUGUGACUUUUUAGAUGGGAAGCAUGUCGUUUUUGGAAAAGUGGUCGAUGGUUUGCUGGUAAUGAGAAAAAUUGAGAAUGUCGCCACGGGUCCCAACAACAGGCCCAAACUUCAAAUCCUCAUCGCACAGUGUGGAGAGAUGUGAUCAGCUUUGUCCACAACACCAGUGUAAAAACUACUCAGCCUCUGUACAUAUGAAGCAGUGUCAAAUUGUUGCUUGAUAUACCUCUGCAAAUACCAACCAAUAUCCUUCUCCUGUAGGGACGCUUUCUCCCAUAAUGCAUAUUGAAAGACAUUAUAAAGUUAUGUACUUUUAUUUUGGCCAUUUCUUGAGUUUGUUAUUCAUAACCCCAGGUUGACAGCUGCAUCCGAACCAAAAUAAGAUGACUCACAUGUCAGGUCGGUGUGUUAAUACUGAGAGAAUGUGAUAUUGGUUUGGUUAAAAUUCAUUUGGUGAAACCUCAUGUUGAGCACUGUGAUUGAGAUAAUUUGUGUAUCGGAUGACAAAAAAAACCUAAUAAUUUUGUUAGCAUGUGGAAAAAAUUGCAUUCCUAAUUCAAUCACACUGUAUUAUGUAUUAUCAAUAAAUUUUUACAAUUUUA